GUAAUGAAAGGCAGUAGUAGGAAUAAGGAUCAUUCGACAGAAGGAGAAGGAACUGGGAAGCGACCAAAAAGAAAGUGUCUUCAGUGGCAUCCCCUGCUUGCCAAGAAACUCCUUGACUUCUCUGAAGAGGAGGAGGAAGAAGAGGAAGAGGAAGAUAUUGAUAAGGUGCCGCUUCUUGGCGCUGAUGGUUUAGAGCAGGAUGCUGAUGAAACCGAAGAUGACGAGUCCUCAGAGCAACGAGCUCGCCGACCAAUGAAUGCAUUUCUCUUGUUCUGCAAACGCCAUCGCUCUCUUGUGCGAAAAGAACACCCUCGCCUUGAUAACCGUGGCGCAACCAAGAUCUUGGCAGAUUGGUGGGCUGUUCUAGAUCCAAAAGAAAAGCAGAAAUACACUGACAUGGCCAAGGAGUACAAAGAUGCGUUUAUGAAGGCGAAUCCAGGGUACAAGUGGUGCCCUACAACAAACAAACCUGUGAAAACCCAGACAUCUAGUGUUACUAACAGGAAAAAGCUAUGGGCCUUUGCAUCAGACUCCGCAAAAGAUUUACCGAGCCCGAGAAAAGCCACAAAAAGUGAAGAAAUGCCACAGCUUAACUUCGGGAUGGCAGAUCCUACACAAAUGGGAGGCCUCAGUAUGCUGCUUCUAGCAGGGGAACAUGCCCUGACUGCACAAGAGGUUUCCUCAAAUACUUGCCAGUCCGAUGCAGCUAAUUCUACAGAAGCCUGUCCGAAGUCAUCAUUGUUUCAGUUUGCAGAGAUCUCUUCAAGCACAUCACAGCCUGGAGUCCUGGGAGCUGUAAAACAAACUGAGGAGUCUGCAUUGUUUCAGUUUGCUGAGAUCUCAUCAAAUACUUCCCAGUUGUCAAGUCCUGAGCCACUAAAGCACUGUGGGAAGUCGGCACUCUUCCAGUUGGCAGAGAUGUGCCUUGCUUCAGAAGGAGUAAAAGUGAAAGAACCUGGGAAAACAAAAGUGGAAGCACUGGAAGAUUUGGGAAGGGAAGUUCCAGAAGAAAUGGAAGUAGAAGAACUGGAACAAACAACAAUAAAAGACUCCUGUAAAGGAAAAGUAGAACAAUUGGAGAUGGAGAAAAUGCAAAACCGGGAUGAGACAAAAGCUGAGGAAUCAGAAACUGCAAAAUGCAGAGAUUUUACUAGUCUUGCGAUGGAGAGCAGUCCUUUUGAGAGAAAUGAUAACACAAAGGAUCACAUGUGCUGUUCUCCUGAGCUUUCAAUGGCUGACAUGAAUAUCCUUGGGCUAAAGCCAGAAAAGAUAAAGAAGAAAAAGAAAAAAAAUAAGUUGGAUCGGCACACAAAUGAAAAAUCCACCCCUAAGAAACCUUGUAAAAAGAGGCAGUCCUCUGAGUCGGACAUUGAAAGUGUAAUGUAUACAAUUGAAGCCGUUGCAAAGGGGGACUGGGGUGCUGAGAGACUCACGGAAACUCACCGCAAAAAAAAUCGCCCUGUCUCAAAUGCGAAGGGAAGUGUGUUGGAUACAAAAUCACCAAAGAAAAAAGUGAAAUCGAAAGAGAAGAAAACGUCAAAGGAGAAACCCCCAGAGACCACCAAAGAAUCAAAGCCUCCCGAUUUCCUUAGUAUUGCAGCCAGCAAGGAAGUACCCUGUGAGGCUUCUGAUAACAUUAAAGUGGAACCACUGACCCCAACAGAGGAGGUGGUACCCCAAAACUUACCAGGACAGGUCAAAACUGAGGACAGUGACUGUGUUAAAAAGAUAGAAACCUGUGGCUCCAGGAAAUCGGAGAGAUCUUGCAAAGGUGCUCUUUAUAAAACUCUGGUGUCAGAGGGCAUGCUUACAUCUCUGCGCGCUAACGUGGACAGAGGAAAAAGAAGCUCAGGAAAAGGCAACUCCUCAGAUCAUGAAGGAUGCUGGAAUGAAGAAAACUGGGCUUUUUCCCAAAGUGGGACAAGUGGGAACAAGAAACUGAAAAAGUCUAAGCCAAAGGAGGAGUUUGUUUUUGGCUUAGCAAAGUUGGAAGAAGAAUUUGAAAAGAAAUUCAACAGCCUCCCUCAAUACAGUGCUAUUACCUUUGACAGGAGAAAUUCAUCUGUUCCGAGGAAAAAGCGAAAGGCUGGAAGCAGCUCAUGUGAACAGUCAAAAUCCAGCAAAGCCAUACUCUCAGAAGACAGAAAUUCCAGUGAGUCUGCCUGGAAGAAUAAAAUUUCUCUAUCUGCCCUAAACACUCCAGAGCCAGCAAUGAUGCAUGAGCCUUUAGUUGGCAGCCAGAAAAGGAAAGCAAGAAAAACUAAGAUCACACAUCUUGUCCGAACAGCAGAUGGUCGAGUGUCACCAGCAGGAGGGACACUGGAGGAGAAGCCAAAAGAGCUGCCACAAAGUACUCCUCAAAAAACAUCAAGCGCAGAAACAGAUUGCAAUAGCGAAUGCUCCAGAAAUGCAGAGACAGAAGAAAAUCAUAGUAUUACAUCAGAUAUGCCAGCGGUGUCUGCAUUUUUCAGCUUAGCUGCUCUGGCGGAAGUAGCAGCCAUGGAAAAUGUACACAGAAGUCAGAGGGCCACACCUCUCCCACGUGACGGACAGCCAAAUGAAAUGUCUCAGGCUCCAGUGCUUAUUUCCUGCGCUGACCAGUGAAGCUCCACUUUAUUGUAAAACAUUGUGCUUUACCUAAUAUCCUAGCCUUGUCUUUACCAAGGGAAGCUAGUCAGUCCAUAUGAUGGAAACUAUAGACUGCAAGCAAGUGCUUAUUGCUCUGAGUGGCCCAGAAUUCACUGGAAGCCAGAUGUUAGCAACUUGGGCCAGGUCCUCAAAUUGGAACCCAGUAUGUAGGAGGGUGAUAUUAAUUGUUUAUUAAUGAACAGAAGUGGAAUGAUCCCAGAGCUUGCUUUCUAUCGAAGGCUUUUAAACAGUAAAUAGGUGGUUGGUGUGAAAAAGACUGCCUUUACUGUUAGCUCACACAGCAUCUCUUUUACCAACCAGAGAGUACGGCAACUAGUUUCAUAUAAUACCUAGUUAUUCUAAAUGAAAACGAAAAAAAAAAAAA